UGUUAGCAUCGUCGUGGGGCCAGGGGGACGCUAUCGCCGCGCGCACUUGGGAUGAGAACUUCUCGAAUAGGAAGCGGAAGUAGACCCCUAGUCUCCUUGACAGAACGACACUGGAUUGUCUUGGCAUGCCCCAUGCGAGCCACUGAGCGAGCUGGUCUGGCCGAGCGGGUGUGGGCAUGCGGCUCCAUCACCAUCAUGCCACUCCCCUGUUCCCCGGAUUUCCUCUCCCUCUCGCUGCUCUAGCGGCGCCCACGAGCCCGGUUGGACGAGAUUGGAAAGGGGGUAACCCCCCACAGGGCGGGCAGGGUGCAACAACAGACAACCCGGUGCGUGGUCCUGUCCAAUCUCGCUGUCACCCUGAGACGGCAUCGGUCCGAACUCCGGUAGUGGACUGUGUGCGGUUCCGGUCAAGUGGUUCCGACGGCUGUUUGGUUUAUGAUCCGCUCCGGGGAUGUUUUGGGAGAACCAUUUUGGGUUUCAUGUAUCCACCUGGCUGGUUCUCUUCGGUACGCUCGCCGGCGGCGGUAGCAUCCCUGACGGGCUCAGGCUUCCUUGGUUGGGGUCUGUUUGUUUCACCAACAUCUUUCCACCCGCAGCCAGUGUUGCCCAACAAAAUUCAUAUUAUUAAUAACACCGACGCCGGUCAACCCCCAUGACUGCUCGCAGCGGCCCAGCCCCGGUUGUGUUGCAUCAAAGACGGGAGAGCAACAGCACAACCGCCGAUCUUAUUCGAUGGCCCUCGAUGGGCCCCUCGGGAACUCGGCCCUCCUUUGGUCUUGGUGUUGUAAUGAUGCGACGGCCCGUGGGCGAUAUC